GGGCUGGGAAGCGAUGCGCUCGCUCCCCCAAUAAAAAUGUCGAGGAGGGUCCUUGGCGCCCGACAGACUAAAGAAACCUUGCAAUGUGGUCCAGGCGGUGGCAGAGGAAGGCCUAGUACCAGCCUGGACGAGCGCCAAAUUUUUAAUGGGAUUUUAGAAAAGCAAUUGAAAAUUUGUGGCUAUAAGAAUGAUAAAGAAGUCACAGAUCUGUACCUUGGUGAAAAUGGAUUAAAAGAUGUCCCUGAUUUAUCACAGUUCCGGAAAUUAAGAUAUUUGUGGCUAAACCAUAACAAGAUUCAGUAUGUAACUUUCAUGAAGUAUAACUGCUGCUUGACGGAAUUGUAUCUUCAUAAUAAUGAUAUCAGAAAUAUAACAGGUGCUCUGAAAAAUCUACACUCAUUGCAGAUCUUGCUGCUUCACAACAAUCAGUUAAAAAACUUGGAUAUGACUGUGAAAGAACUACAAGGACUGCAAACCUUACACACCUUAAACCUGUUUAAUAAUCCUCUGUCACAAGAGAGCAGAUACCGUCUGUAUGUAAUAUAUCACAUUCCCUCAGUAACUUUGUUCGACAGAAAAGAAAUAACUAGAAAAGAAAGAGAAUCAGCUCUGCAUAUCUACAAUCAUGAGAAGACUCUUGUUCUCCAGUCCAUAGGAUUUGGGAAGAAAGUAGAUAUACCUCUGUUGCCAAAGGCACCAUAUAAUCUGACUCCCACAAAAGUGUUGCACUUGCCUCCAGGUUGCGAGUUUGGAAAUCACUUAGUUAAAAUUCCAUUUGCAAAUCCAGAAGAUGCUGUCUUUGUGAGGGCAAUGAAGCGUGGAAUGAUGGAAUUUUCAACUGUCGACUGGGGGAAAAUGCCCACCUGUGAAGAAAAGCGCCUUGGUAGCAAUCCAGAGAAAAGGCCAGAGAAAUUGACCAUCAGAUUCAGAUAAGAGCCUGUUUCCCCCAGAAAGCUCUCUCUCUUUUAAGAGCUUCUUUCGCAUUGUAUUCCUAUUAAUUGUUCCAAGUAUCAAUUCAAGAUACUGCAUGGGGGGGGGGGGAUGCUAUUUAGUUGUUUUAACACUUAAUGUAGAACAACACUUGUUUAAAAUAAGGGUGAUUCAGGAAUGCAGUGAAUAGGGCAAUGAUGAUACAUUAUUGAAAUAGCUUUGAAAAGGAUGGGGAUAUUUUAGAGUAGAUGGAGAUUUAAAUACCAAUUUUUGUCACCAAAAAAUAGCACAAAAUGAUGCCACCAUAUUAUAAUGAUAUUGCUGUGAAACAUCUUCAAAGAUAUGAGAUCACUAUUGGAAAGGCCCAGUCCUUACUUCUUUCUAGUGUUAAGAAAUAUUAAUGGUGAAGCUGUAGGCAGAGUGUUCUGUAUGAGAUUGGUUAUCUCAUCCCACAAGGCUUUAUCAUAGUACUUAAAUAAGUAUUAGUAUCUUUGUUUAUAGGACCACCUUUACCU